CUUCCCUCAAAGACACCUUUGCCUGCCCUGCCCCUUCUGUCGUCUGUACUCUAUCACAACGACAUCACCACAUCUCAUCUCCCGCAUCACAGUCGGAAUCUCAUCCUCUCCUUUUCCUUAGCCACCUCCAUCGAGUCCACCGAUUGUUUACCACCACCAACACCAUCACCAACCCUCUUCUUAUGUAUUAAUGAGCCCUGUAGAAGUACACUGACCACCCACAUCUGCACCAGCAUCUGCACCAGCAUCUGCACCAGCACCAGCACCCACACCAGCACCCACACCCACAGCCGCCCACCCGCCGCGUCUUCUGCCCCCUUUUGCUCUUGACACAAUUUCCUGCCAGAGCUUAAUCAACGUACACAACGGUUCAUUUCUCCUCCUCACCACCACCACCGCUGUGCGUCACGGACGACCGAUCCCAUUCGGUCCAUUUUACCUUCCUUCAACUCUCCCAGAGAUUAUUCUUCGCAUCGUCAUCGACCUGACAGCGGUAGAAUCCGGGUUCUCGUUUUUAAUAGAGCAGAAUUUCCAUCACCAUCAUCCCACAGUUGAUCCGUUCUCCGACCUUCUCACCCCAUCACCACCACACAAUCCUUCCACGCAGACCCGUCCAUCGUCUAUCGUGCACCGGGGACUCUCGUAUCUACGAUUGUCUUUUCUUCGAGACACGCUCAAGCUCGUCGGCCUUGCACACACCUCGAGUGUCAUUCGGUUGAUAGUCGGUCAUUGCGGAUUUUUUAAGGUUUGGGGGGAUCGAUACAUUUGAACACAUCUUUCCACCAUCUGUGUUCCUACGAGCGACGGAAAUAUCACGCAUUUGGUCCCACGAAUAAUCUAUAAUGUCUUCGGCAAGAUCUGACCAUUUGACUCUGGGCUAUAACUCACAGUCUUCAGCCAGCUUGCCACGUUCAGGCGGUUCCACGGCCAAUAAUUCCCCCACGGAAGCCACCAGCGGCAGCGCAUUACGAUCUCCCUUUGGAGUGCCUGGCGGAAUGAAUUCAGCAACAGGAAAGAUGGCCGCAAACACGCGUUCGGGAGCUGGUUCUCCUUCGCAUGAGUUGGGUGCUUCCUCCCGGCUAUUCACCAAGAGGUAUGGCAACCUCUGCAUCACUAACAUCUCACUCCCCCAACUAACAAAUUGAUAGCCGAGCACGAGAAAUUCAAGCGCAAGAAGGGGUCCCAGUCAAUGUUUGGGGGCCUCCUACCAGUGGCAAUUCCACCCCCCUUCGCGAAAACAUCCCCGAAUCUCCCACCGACGGCUUCCCCGAUUUCACACAGCUCCCAACUCCAGAUGCUACACCACAAGUGACGAGACGUGCGAGAGCCGGAACCGUUCCAUCACGAUUCUCGCCUGGAGGUGCUACAGCUAAUGGAUUGGGUGCUUUGCCAGCGUCCCUCGUAGCAAAGACUUCUCGCCCGAGUCCAUCGCCAAGUCCAUUCAAAUCCCCAUCUCCAAAUUUGGGUGAAAUCACAGAUCCAGGGUUGGCAAGCAAUGCGGCUCUCUUGUCUCGUCUGCGAGCUGGUUCGAUGCCACAGCGACCACAAUACAGCAAUGCGGCCUCUCCCUUCGGCCUCUCCGUGUUUUCCUCCAACUGGGCUUCGGGUCGUGAGCGAACCUCCACAUUAGCGAGUAUCCAAAGUCAGGGAUCCAAUGGACCAAGCUCCCCCGCACAAUCCGCCUUCUCUCGAGAGGGAGCGGCGGAUAAUGAGAUGAGAACUUUGGAUUACCUAGGAUUGGCAGACACUCCUCAACCACCACGAGCGCAAUUAGCGAACCCGUUCUUGGCCAAUAUCGCCGAUAUCAACAAGAACCGAUUCCGAUCAUACUCCGUCAAUGCAAAGGAAAAAUAUGCGGAGGAUGAUGAGGAUGAUUAUGGCAGUGGUGCCAUGACUCCUUAUGAACAGCAGGCGCAACUCCAUAUGCAGCUGGCCGCAACCAAUGCAGCUAUCCAGCAGCAUAAUCUCGCGGUUCAAGCCUUUGCCAACCAAGCCACGGCCAAUCGACCAAGAGCAAGAACUGCUGGUGUUUUGGAAUCUCCUCAGACAAGAUUGCUACGAAAUUACUAUCCAACGGCUUCUCGGCUAGAUAACAGUCUUCAUGCUUCUGACAUCCACUUGUCUGAGGCACCAGAAUACGAGGGUCUGCCAGAAGCAGUUGCCGGUAUGUCACUUGGACGAUCAAACAGCCGCAACAAUGACGGACACUUGAAUCCAGAGGAUACCUUGGAAGGACCAACUAGAGCUUUGUGGCUUGGAAGCAUUCCAUCUUCAACCACAGUUUCAACUUUGAUGGAAAUGUUCAAAACCCAUGGUGCUAUUAGCACUGCUCGGGUAUUGACACACAAGAACUGCGGAUUUGUCAACUUUGAACGUCUGGAGAGUGCCAUAUCUGCCAAGAAUGCUAUGAAUGGCAAGGAAAUUUUCCCAGGUGCUGGUCCAGUUAGAAUCAACUUUGCCAAACCACCAUCCCCAUCUGGCACCCCUGGACAUGACGGAGCUUUCCCAUCACCCAGUCCAGACCCAUUUGCAAAGGGAGAGACUGGAGCCAAUCUUGAGGUUGCUGCUCCAGGUGUCAUUUCUCGACCUGGAACGGCUCCAUUGACUAUGCCAGCUCUUCGUGAGUUGAAGGCUGAUAUACUCGAUAUUGUUGUAGAAUUCGGUGCUACGCCAGAGGAUAAGAUUAAGAUCACUCACAGUCUAGACCAAGCCAUCAAGUACGACAAAUUUGAAGCCGAGAUUCCACCGAUUCCAGAGCCAUCUCCUAACCGAGUUCACGAUGCCCCUAAACUUCGAGAUAUCCGAAAGCGAAUCGAUAAUCAGAGUUGGUCCCAAGCUGAGAUUGAAGGAAUUGCCGCUGAAAUGCUUCCUGAGAUUGCUGAGCUUUCACCUGAUUAUCUUGGUAACACGGUUGUUCAAAAAUUAUUUGAACAUUGCUCGGACGAUAUGAGGGAUGCUAUGUUGGAUGAAAUCGCACCACACAUUUCGGAAAUUGGUAUUCACAAGAACGGUACAUGGGCUGCUCAAAAGAUUAUUGAUGUUCGUUACUUUCCACGCUGAUUUAAAACGACUCACUGACCCGCGUAAUUAGGUAUCAAAAACCCCGAGACAAAUGGGUAUGAUCGUUUCAAACCUCCAGCCAUAUACAGUCCCAUUGUUCCUUGAUCAAUACGGAAACUAUGUUCUGCAAUGCUGCCUGAAGUUUGGAUCUCCUUUCAACGACUUUAUUUUUGAGGCCAUGUUGAGCCAAAUGUUGAAGAUCGCAGAAGGAAGAUAUGGUGCCAGAGCUAUGAGAGCAUGCCUUGAGAGUCACCACUCUACUAAAGAGCAACAACGAAUGCUCGCAGCCACAAUUGCUCUCCACAGUGUUCAAUUGGCCACCAACGCCAACGGUGCUCUUCUUCUCACUUGGUUCCUUGAUACCUGCACAUUCCCUCAACGCCGAACAGUUCUUGCCCCUCAAUUGGUGCCACACUUGGUACACUUGUGUACCCACAAGGUUGCCUAUCUAACUGUUCUCAAAGUCAUUAACCAAAAGGCUGAGCCAGGUGCGCGCGAUGCUAUUUACAAGGCAUUGUUCUUCUCUCCCAACGACGAGACUUUGGAAGCGAUUCUCUCCGACCACAACUGUGGUGCUACUUUGAUCUUCAAGGUUCUCACUACACCUUUCUUCGAUGAGAGCAUUCGAUCUCAAGUUGUUGAAAAUGUUCGUAAUGUGCUCUUGAGAUUAAAGGCCCAACCAGCUCAAGGUUACAAGCGUCUUAUGGAUGAGGUUGGACUCUCCACACGAAAUGGUAGCACUGGUCCAAGCCGUGAGCAUGGAUCAAACAGCCACUCGGUUGAGCGAAACCGCCCAGGUUCCAAUCACAGCCAAGUCAAUGGCCACGUACCACCUCAAUAUUCCAACCAAUUCUAUCCAGGCAUGCAGCCUCCACAAUUCGAUGCAAAUGGUAUGAGUAUGCAGCGGACCGAUAGCAUGGAUUCCAACCUUGCUCCAUCAUAUGGACUGCAGAAUCCAAUGUUCAACCCCGCCAAUGGCUUUGUUGUUCCUCCAGUCAGUCUUCAACAAUUUCAGCAAAAUUAUCUAGCUCGUGCGGCACCACCAAUGAACAACUUUUACCCACAGCAGACGGGAUUCUACAACAACGCGAGUCCAUCACCGGAACACUUCCGCAACCAAGGCUUGCAGAAUGCGAGCCCACAGCCCCCACAACCAAAUGCCAUGAUUGGACAGAACCCAUUUGUACCUCCUCCAGGUCUGUUUGGCAACAUGCCAAUGGGUGUUGGAGGUUAUGGAUAUCCGGGAAUGGGAGGAGUUCAGGGCGUCGGAUACGGCAUGCAACAAGAACAACCCGUCAACAGUCGACGCGGAAGAGUACGUUAAACCAUGAUCCAUCUUUCCCAAGGACCCAGCUAACGAACGCUCCACAGAGAUGAAAAAGCUCAAUUGCACAUUUGGAUUGGAUUACAUGAUAGAGGCAGGCUUCGCAUAGUUUUUGAUCCAUGUUGAUUGAUUGAAUGUUUGUGAUUUUGGGAUUGUACGAAUCUAUCUGUGUUUUAUAGGCCAACAAAAAGGAGUUUUCUGAAACUUUGUUCUUUUGUGUGUGUGUGUUUUUGUGGAAUGAGGGUUUACGUGCUUAAGGGGUUCAUGCCAAAUUAUAUGAGGAUUUUUAUAUGUACACCGUUCUUGUGUCUGUCGUCUCUUGUGUUUUCUCCCGUCUCCCCCUGAUGGUGUUCUUGUGCUGUGGUGUAGGAUUUUGCCCUCUGCUUUGACUGUCUCGUUGAGUAAGCGGAUGGGGUUUUUGAUAGUAAAUUAUAGAUGUGAGUUGAG